CUCUAUCUCGUGAUGGACUGAAAAAAAAGAGUUCCAAUAGCGGCCUUCCAUAUAGGCAUUGGUUUGUCGAGGAAAACGUACUGUAAUGACUAGCUGACAGCGCUACUCGAGAACAUUAGAAGAGGAAUUUGAAGUGGCAAAAUGGCGGCACAGUCAAGUGGAACUCAGAAUGUUGAUGUCCGUGAGCUUUUCAAUAUGUUGGAAUCCAAUGACAUCAAUGUUUCUAACGAUAUAACCAAACUGGUGCAAGAAAAUCUCACAUCAACAAAGGAGGCGUGGCUUGUGUGCAGUCUUGUAGACUAUUAUUACAUAUCCCACUCUGAAAGAACACUACAAAUUAUCAAAGAUGUCCGUGAACCUCAUGAUAAGCACUUAGUCGAUAAACUGAAUGAGGGUCUGAAGAGUGUGGAGCACCGACUGCCUGCGAUGAAGAUAUUAUUGUCUCUGGCCUGUAAGCAACCGAUCUGGGUCCACAAACUUGUUACUCAUCAGAUCUUCAAUGCUAUCAUCAAAACUUUAAAGACAGAAACAGACAUCCCUGUGGUUAUGACUGGUGUGAUGACCCUCACAGUACUUCUGCCCUCUGUUCCUGCCCUCAUUGGCAACCAGCUGACCGAAAUCUUCAACAUAUUCAGCCGCCUGAUAGCUUUUAAUGAGAGGAAACCAGGUUUGACAGGAAAUGUACCGGACGUGUUCCUGCUCCACCUACAAGUAGCAUUGUAUUCACUGUUCCACCGACUGUACGGCAUGUUUCCGUACAAUUUCCUCACAUUCCUCCGUCACCACUACAACAAGAAGGAAAAUGCCAAGGUCUUUGAUGAAUUUGUCAAGCCCAUGUUAGACAGAGUGAGACUUCACCCACAUCUCAUAACUAGCUCAAGGGACCAUGAAGUUUCCUCUAAAAGGUGGCGCCAGAUGGAGGCCCAGGAUGUAGUUAUUGAGUGUGCAAAGAUGUCUUUAGACAUGACAGAAGGAAUGUGGGAGGAGCUAACAUGUCCCAUCAUUACUCCCCGCCACGCUCUGUACCAGCCCAAGAAACCAUCACUGAAACUUGUCACAUCUGAAACAGAAGGAAGUAUAUUAAAUGCAACCCAUCAGUUGAACCUGGCCUCCCAGGAGCUGAGUCCUCCUUGUUUGAUGACAGGGGCUGAUGGGGUAGGACUGUGGAGCCCCUCUGUAGUGGUAGGCCUAUCCACACCCCCACCUUCUCAGCAGACUACACCUCUCUCCAACAACUGCCACGAUGCCAGCAGAUAUACCUAUGGAAACACCCCCUUGGCAACUCCCCCAGUAGAUACCUCGAGAGCCACAUCUCCAAAUAACGAUGAGUUGGACAAGAGCUUUGGUAGAACAAGUAGUCGAAACUUCCAAACUGCUAAGGGAAGUGAGCUGAAGCGCCUGAGUACCGGCUCCAUUGUGCCAGCCAAGGGGAGUGGUGCAUCAGUCAGUGAUGGAAAGCCAUCAAGUGUUCCUCCUUCCCCACUCCGGGCUGAAUUUACCUCAGACCCUCCACAGGGCAUAUUUAAACCAGUUCGCCUUGCCAUCAGAGAGCUCAAGUUUGACGCUAUCAAUGAAGGACAACAGUCGCUAGACCAAGACAAAUCUGUGCCAAUAAAGGAAGUAGGUGAUAGCGAGAGGUCAGACUUGAUGGAAUCCUUCUCUAUGGAUACACUGCCAAGAGUUAUGGACGAUUUAGCAGGCCAGAGAGAGAAUCCUGAUGAUGAUGACGAUGACGACCAGGAGGUAUCGGAGCUUACCAGCCAGAAACCAGCACUGACUGCUGAGUCUGUCCAGCAGUUCAUGAAAAAGGUUAACAGAAUCCGUUUCAACAGUCUAACAGCAGCCAACAGCAUUCCAGAAAAACAGAAGUUUGGUGCUAGGUCAAGGUCGUGUCCUCACUUGCCAAAAAUAGAUUCUCUAGAAUCUGAAAGCGAUGACACAGAUAGUGUUUCUCGGUCAGUCUCUGCCACCUUGAAAGUAAAUGUCAGUCCACAGAGCAAUGGUAAAUUGAAUUCCCAUCAGGACCAAAUAGUAUCAGCAUAUCAUUCUGAAAACUCUGAACCUUGUCCAAGAAUGACGGUAAGAAAUGGUGUGAAACAUCCAGUGGAUUCAGCACCAAAUUCUAAAGGAUCAGAUUUGUUAACAGCGCUAAAGGAAAAAUCACCAUCAUCUUGCCCGGUGAUGUCAGCUGGUGCAGGACGGGAUCCGUCACCAGACAGUAAUAAGGUUGUGCCAAACAUGUAUAUAGAAAUGAUGAAAACCCUGCUACAGCCAGGAUCUAUGUUAGUGUGCCAAAAAUGUAACCAGGGUAAUUCUGACAGCAGUCCUUUAUCUGCUUUAGGCCCUGCUGGGAUGCCAACAUCUUUCUCUCCACCAGAAUUAUUGGACCGCCAUCUCCGCCUGGGAGGAGAGGUUCAUGCCAAACAGCUGUCUAAAAUACCAAUCACUAGUCAUGACUCUAUCAGCUGGACUCAUUUUGGAGGGAUGCCACCUGCAGAUGAGGUCAAUAUUUUACGUGGACAGAUCUUCAUGAUUCAGAACCAACUGAUGUAUGAGCGACAUAAGCGGGAACUACAUGCUAAGAAAAACCGACGUCUUCUCCGUAAAAUAGCGAAUGCCAAAGCUGUGGAAGAGCAAAAUAAUGCAAUGUCUGAUCAACUUUCCCAAUAUGAAACAGAAAUACAACAUUUACAAGUUUCUUUGCAACUGCUCCAAGAAGAAAACCGACGGUACAAAGAGUCUCAGGAGAGCAAUGAAUACGAAAGCAAAGUGCAAAUGAGAUCCUGCUUAGCAGAGAAUGAGGAUCUGAAAUCUGCAAAAAGUGAGCUGACAACAUUGUUGGUGAGACAGAGGGAAGAACAGGACAUCCUAAAACAGAGGCUACAAGAGACAGAGUCUAAACUCUUCAAAUCUGACAAGGAAAAAAGUUACCUACAGGAAGAAGUGCAGUUUACACAAAAACUAAAAGAGCAGGUAUUCACACUACACAAGGAGGUGUUACUGAUGGGAGAACUACACCAGCACUACCAGGAACAGAUCAACUCAGCCAGGAUACACACCAAGACUAAGCAUGAACAGGACCUGCAUGUCAUGUCACAAACAGCCGAGAUCACAGCAUUAAAAAAGUCAUUGAAGUGUGCAACCAUGACAAGUGAGGCGAGUCAGGCACGAGUCAAUCAGCUUGAGGCUAAUAUUAAAACCAAGGACAUUGCCCUGGCUGAGAUAAAGCAGAACCUAGAAAAUGUGAUCACAAACCAUCAGGAAGAACUCAAGUCCAUAGAGGAGAAAUAUCAGUCAAUGGUGAAGGUCAACCAACAGCUGGAGGGUAGGAUCUUGCGGCUGUACAGCCAGGUGGACGAACUCAGCAGGCCACGGCAGACUAAAGAAGGCCAUGGCACUAAAGAAGAAUUACCAGUUACAAAGGAGGAUUCUCCAACACGAGAGAGGACAGGAUCAGAUCCCACAAUAGUGACCAACAUCAGUAAAACUCCACUUUGCAAAAUGACAAGUGUUCCGACGUACUGCGAAAUGAAAGAUCAGGGAUCUGAUAUGUUAGCAGCUGGUUCUAGUCAUGUAAAACAUCAGUCAGGACAUAUCUCUCCCCUGACAAGUCCUUCCCAGCCUGUGGAAGGAGACAUUAUAGAUCGACCCACACGGACAAUGGAGUUAGACACUGGGUCUUUGUCAUCGCGGGAGUCUGGGAUGUUCGCCCCUCAUCAUAGUGUGUACAGUGAAGGGGAAGACCAGUCUCUCUCAUCCAGGGGAAGUAAUUUGCUUGACAGUGGUUACAGCACAUAGGAAUUUCAGUAUUUUCUGUGGAAAUUUAUAUUUUUUUUUUCAGGAUUUUACUUUAUACUUCUAUUCUUUUCCUAAUAAUAUGAAAAAUGAUCCUCAGAAUGUUACCUUGUUAUCUGUGGGUUUGUUUUCCCUGAAACGUCACUUCAUUGCUUUAGUUUGCUUGCUGUUCACACCAUCUGCAUUAUAGAAUCCAAUUUGUGAUCCACUUCCAUUGCAUUUUGAAGGACUUGUAGAUUGUGCUGUGGCUGUCGAUCAGGGUCUUCAAAAUAACUGCAGAAGAACUGAAAAUAUUGUUGCAUUCUGUUUUUUUUGGCUUCCGUCCAUCUGUCUGUGUCAUAUCCUCCUGUAGUAUAACUUGUCCAAAAUUAUUCAAUUUCAUUAUUUAAAGUUUACACAUACAUAUUAGUAAGCCCCAUGAACAGUUAAGUCAUCAGUAUGAUGCAUGCUUAUUUGGGAAUUAUUAAUGGGGUUACCCAAUUAUUUGUCACAUGGUUUUGGUUAAAUAACACUUAUUGAGCAUGCUAUUAAUUUCAAUCAAUUUCUAUUGGUAUGCAAAACAGAAAUUCUCAAGCUAUAUUUCACCUCUAAUAUAAUGCCUUCAACAUUAACAACAGUUUCUCAAAGUAUGUUUGAUUUCCACCUUUCAGUAUGAUUACAAUUUAUUUAUGAAUACAACUUGUUUUGCAGUUUGAUUACUGAUAAGAUGACAGUGUAUUUAGGAAUACAGCUUGUUAUACAGUUUGGUUACUGAUAAGAUGACAGUGUAUUUAGGAAUACAACUUGUUAUACAGUUUGGUUACUGAUAAGAUAUGACAGUGUAUUUAGGAAUACAACUUGUUAUACAGUUUAGCUACCGAUAAGAUAUGACAGUGUAUUUAUGAAUACAACUUGUUAUACAGUUUGGUUACUGAUAAGAUAUGACAGUGUAUUUAGGAAUACAACUUGUUAUGCAGUUUGGUUACUGAUGAGAUGACAGUGUAUUUAGGAAUACAACUUGUUAUACAGUUUGGUUACUGAUAAUAUGACAGUGUAUUUAUGAAUACAACUUGUUAUACAGUUUGAUUACUGAUAAGAUGACCGAGUAUUUAGGAAUACAACUUGUUAUAUAUACAGUUUGAUUACUGAUAAUAUGACAGUGUAUUUAGGAAUACAACUUGUUAUACAG